AAUUAAUAUUAUUAUAUACUAAAAUAUGUAGGCUUUUGUUAGAAAUUUCAUUCUUCUCAGGUAGUAUUAUACAUGGUAUCUCUCCCGCGCAGUGUUGUUUUGAAAAUAAGUAAAUAAUUCUCUCCAUGAAAAAUCAUUAACUAAAAAUGAGAAAGCUCAGUUUUUUAUGAAUCGAUGCGUAGAUUAAACGAUCAGUUUUGUAAAUUGUUAAAUGUAACAUUUUAAUUUAUAUUAAUAUUAUGAUUUCUCAGUAUACCGACGUACUGAUUGUAAUUGACAGAUUAUUGCCGUGUAAAUUUUUAUCGAAAAUGUAUUAAUGGGACGUUCGUAAUUUUUAGAUAUAUAUUUAAUAUAUAUGUAAACAUUAAAGAUCUAUUAGAAGAUUAUGUAAAAUAAGAUCAUUGAAUUUGUACUGAACUUUGACACAUUUUAAUAUAAAUACAUGCAUUGAAUUUGAUAGCAAAUACCAUGCCAAAGCGAAAUAAAUCUAAAGAUAAAGUGUGUUGCUUUUGUGGAUUGUCAGAUAAUAACGAAUUAAAAUUUGGAAAGUUUUAUGAACAUGGUGAUAUUAUCACACAUUAUUAUUGCUUGCUUUUAUCAUCAAAUAUGGAACAAAGAGGAAAUGAUAACGAAGGUAUUUUAGGGUUUCUUGUAGCAGAUAUACAGAAAGAGCUCCGUAGAGGAAAAAGAUUGAUGUGUACAUACUGUAAAAAAUCUGGUGCUACUUUAGGAUGUUGUAAUACAAAAUGUAAACGUAUAUUUCAUUAUCCCUGUGGACUGAGUGCUGGGGCGUUAAAUCAAUUUUUUGGCGAAUUCAGAUCGUUUUGUGUGAACCAUAGACCAAAACAGAAAAUAGAUGCUGCAAUGAAAAUAGAAUUAACAAGACUUAGUGAAAUAACAUGUUAUAUUUGUUAUGACCAAGUGAAUCUUGAUGAUAUAACUGACACAAUAUGGGCUCCAUGUUGUAAAAAGAAUGCAUGGUUUCAUAGAAAAUGUGUUCAGCAACUUGCUAUGAGCGCUGGAUAUUUUUUUAAAUGUCCUUUAUGCAACGAUAAGAAAUCAUUUCAAAAAGCGAUGCUAGAAUUUGGUAUUUUUAUUCCUAGUCAAGAUGCAUCUUGGGAACUUGUGCCAAAUGCAUUUGAAGAACUUUUAUAUAGAUAUGAUCAGUGUGAUGCUCCAAUAUGUCUUUGUCCUAAAGGUAGAAAACAUACAAGCUUUAAUGCAAAGUGGGAAUUAGUACUUUGUCGAACUUGUGGUUCACAAGGAAUUCACACGGCUUGUGGACAACUUAAAUGGGCAAAUCCUACUUGGGAAUGUUCAGAAUGUACUUCCAUAUUAGAUAAAGCCAAAAAAAGUGUUAGUUUUAAUGGAGCAGAAAGAAUACUACAAAAUACUUCUGACUCGGAAGAUAGUGACAGUGACAUUUCUGUCGGUAAAGAGUCACCUGUGCCAUUUGCAUCAAAUACACCAGUUUCUGAUUCUAAACCAUAUGUGUCAAUUAUUAAGCAACGUAUCGGUCCACAAACAUUUAAAUUAAAACAACUUGAAGCAAUUCAAAAAAUUCAAAAUUCACAGUUGGGAUGUAGUAGUAAACAGCUGAUUGAUAAAAAAGUUGAUUCAGUUUUGGAACUUAGGAAUACAGACGAAUGCAGUUCACAGUUUGCAAGUAGUAAUAAAAAUUCUACCAUUGAAGCAAAGGUUAAUGAAAUUAAAAAUAUUAAUCCUUUAGAUAAACAUUCCAAGUCUGAAUCACUUGCAUUAGUUGAUAAUGCCACUAAACUCAAAAGUGAUGAUGACAUUACAGAGACUACCAGUUGCGUUGUAUCGAACAGGGCAUCUACCAUUCCUUGUGUCAAAGAAACUGGAAAGAAUGGUUUAUAUCAAUCUAAAGAAACCAGUCCAUUACAGAAGAUUUCUUCAGUGGUAGUGAACAAAUUAUUACAAACAAAUGAUAUUAAACAAAGCAAUGCUGGUAACUCUUUAUCAAAUAAUAUAAACAACACUAAAAUUAAUAACUCAAUCAAGUUUGACGAUUUGAACGACACAAUAGAAUCGAACCAAAAAGUUUUAGAUGCUAAUAUUGACUGUAUUUCAAAUAUUAAAAUUACAAAUGUAGUUUCUCUAGCACCUGAAGAAUUUGAAAAAGUACCAUCUGUCAAUCAGGGUCAGAAAGUCAGUAAUAUUGAAUCUCAAAAUGAAGAGUUAGAUACAAAUUUAAAACGAAAAAUUGAUAAAACUACAUUGAAUUCAACGUGUUUAGUAAUAAAUAAAUCGAAAAAAUUAAAAGUAAAUGGUAGCACGUGUGAACAAACACAAACACCGUCAUGUAUGUAUUUAGAUGGUAAAAAUACUUGUAAAAAUAAUAAUAAUAAUAAUAAUACUUCUAUAAAUAAUGUUACAAUAUAUACGUCGGAUAAUAAUUUGCAAAUGAUUAAUGAGAAUGAGAAAUGUACUUCAGCAAAUGCAACUAAUUUACAAAGUUUACAAUCGCACAUACCAGUGCAAAAAUUGUAUGGUAAAAGUGAAAAUCUGUUUCCUAAAUGCACAUUGAAAAAUACAUCGAAUAAUCAAACGAAUACAUUAUUUGAAUAUGAAAGCAAAAGCAACGGAUAUGUAACAUAUGCAAAAGACGAACUAAACAAAUAUGUUAAAAUUGAUGAUGGCACAAGAAACUGUGACGGGGAUGCAGGCAGAAGUCCUGCUGCUAAAUCAAGAAAUGGAAGCUUCAGAUCUGAGACAAAAACUAAUUGCACGGAAGGAUUUAUCAAUUCAAGUGGUUCGCGUUCAGGAGCAGAGAGUUUCAUUACAGAACAGUGGAAAUCAAGAAAGAAUAUUCAAUCGACAACUAUUGCAACAUCGAAUGUCAAUUCCAAGAAAUCAAAUGCCACAUCAAGCAUUGUUUCAUCCUCAGAACAAUUUAAAAAUAGUGGAACUGAUUACACUCGAUUGAUACCAGAAUUUGUACGUUUACGUGACUUGAAGUUUCGUGUAUAUAAUUCAAAUAAUCUGCAGAUGAUUUUAUACAAUAAGUUUUCUGUAAAUAUUAAUAUAGAAAAUACAAAUGCGUUAGAAAAAAAUACUACAACUGAGACAUCAGAACAGACAGAUGCUCAGCAAAAAUUGUCUGAGACACAAAAUGAAACUUUGCUAAGUUUUAAAUCUGAAAAUAUUCUGCACAAUGUUUCACCUACUUGUAAUAAAGAUAAAACUAAAUGCUUACAUAAUGAACAGUCCAAGACUUACCAUGACGAUAUAAAAGAGAAUAUGGAUCCGGUGAUAGCAGUUCCUUGUAAAAGUAUAAUAACAGAUAAUUUACUUACCAAUGCAAAUUUAACUACGCAUAAUUUGACAGUUUCUACAAAUAGUAAUAAUCUAAAUGAAGAGAAAAAUACAAUCCCGUGCACGCGCAUUGGGUCUAAAAUAAUUGAAGAGAAUAAUAAAGAAACCAGUCAAGAAAAUAAUAACAUAAUUAACAAUAUUGGGAAUAUUUUGGAUGCUUUCACAAAUCCUACAAAUAGAUACUCGAAAAGUAUUAACAAUGUAACGCAAAGUAUUCAAAACCUAAAUUCCAGUUGCGUAACAAGUACUAUAACUGGAAAGAAUAAUUUAUAUAAUUCAACAAAACAUGUUCAACAUGCCUUACUUCCUGAGAAUCAUACAAACUGUAUAUCAGAAAAUAAGGUAAAAAGCAUAACUGCCAUACAGUUUAAAGUAAGUAUUGAUUUAAAAAAAGUAGAAAAAUUUAUUGAUAAUAAUCCAAAUUUAUUUUCAAAAUAUAAAAAAAAUUAGCAAUAUUAGAGGUUUUUAAAGGGGUAAAAAAUAUAGCAGGACAAAUUAAUUUAUUAAACGUAUCAUAAAAACAUUCUAAGAACUUAAAAAUAUU